AUGAAGGGGGGAUUACAGGAUCGGGGCUCGGGGACCAUCUGGUCCAACCAUCUUGUUUUCUAGAUGGGGAAACUGAGGCUCGGAGAGGCGAAGCGUUCGGCCCCGGAGCCCCGGGCGAGUCAUCGGCGGAGGCGGGAUCUGGGGCCCGGGCUCGGCCGCGGGGCGCACGGCUGGAGCUGCGCACUGCGGCUUUUGCGCUUCGCGCGCCCCGCGCUCCGCUCCGCGCGCCCCUGCCCGUGCCAAGGCCGCUGGCUACGCGCGGGGCCGCCGACCGGCCGCCGGGCGUCGGAGGCGGGACGCGCCGUCACUGAGCGCGGCGGCGGAGGAGGAGGCGGCGGCGGCGGAGGAGGCGGCGGCGGCGGCGGCGGGAAGAUGGCGGAGUCCGGCGGCGGUGGCGGCGGCGGCGGAGGUGGAGGAGGCGGAGGAGGAGGAGGAGGGGGCGGAGGAGGCGCCGAGCCCGGCCCGGAGAGGCCCCGCAGCAUGGCUGAUAAGAAUGGGGCCCUCAAAUGCACCUUCUCUGCUCCUGGCCACAGCACAACCCUCUUGCAGGGACUCGCCACCCUCAGAGCCCAGGGCCAGCUCCUGGAUGUCAUCCUCACCAUCAACAAUGAGGCAUUUCAAGUCCACAAGGUGGUCUUGGCUGCCUGCAGUGACUAUUUCAGGGCGAUGUUCACAGGCGGGAUGCGAGAAGCCAGCCAGGACAUCAUCGAGCUGAAGGGGGUGUCGGCCAAGGGCCUGAAGCACAUUAUCGACUUUGCCUACAGUGCCGAAGUGACCCUCGACCUGGACUGCAUCCAGGACGUCCUGGGCGCCGCGGUCUUCCUGCAGAUGGUGCCCGUGGUGGAGCUCUGCGAGGAGUUCCUGAAGUCGGCCAUGAGCGUGGAGACCUGCCUCAACAUCGGCCAGAUGGCCACCACCUUCAGCCUGGCCUCCCUGAAGGAGUCGGUGGACGCUUUCACCUUCCGGCACUUCCUGCAGAUCUCGGAGGAGGAGGACUUCCUGCACCUGCCGCUGGAGCGCCUGGUCUUUUUCCUGCAGAGCAACAAGCUGAAGAGCUGCAGCGAGAUCGACCUGUUCCGCGCAGCCAUCCGCUGGCUACAGUACGAUCCCACGCGCCGGCCGGGCGCCAGCCAGGUGCUCUGCCACAUCCGCUUCCCGCUCAUGAAGUCCUCGGAGCUGGUGGACAGCGUCCAGACCCUGGACAUCAUGGUGGAGGACGUGCUUUGCCGCCAGUACCUGCUGGAGGCCUUUAACUACCAGAUCCUGCCCUUCCGGCAGCACGAGAUGCAGUCCCCGCGCACCAGCAUCCGCUCAGACGUGCUCUCCCUCAUCACGUUCGGGGGCACGCCCUACACGGACAACGACCGCACGGUCAGCGGCAAGGUGUACCACCUGCCCGAGCCCGGUUGCCGCCAGUUCAAAGAGCUGACGGAGAUGGAGGUGGGCUGCAGCCACACCUGCGUGGCCGUGCUGGACAACUUCGUGUACGUGGUCGGGGGCCAGCACCUGCAGUACCGCAGCGGCGAGGGCGCCGUGGACAUCUGCUACCGCUACGACCCCCACCUCAACCAGUGGCUCCGCAUCCAGGCCAUGCAGGAGAGCCGGAUCCAGUUCCAGCUCAACGUGCUGUGCGGGAUGAUGUACGCCACGGGCGGGCGCAACCGGGCCGGGAGCCUGGCCUCGGUGGAGAAGUACUGCCCCAGGAAGAACGAGUGGUCCUACGUGUGCUCGCUGAAGCGCCGCACGUGGGGCCACGCCGGGGCCUCCGUCAGCGGGAGGCUCUACAUCUCCGGGGGCUACGGCAUCUCGGUGGAGGACAAGAAAGCCCUGCACUGCUACGACCCCUCAGUGGACCAGUGGGAGUUCAAGGCCCCCAUGAAUGAGCCCCGCGUCCUGCACGCCAUGGUCAGCACCAGCAGCCGCAUCUACGCCCUCGGGGGCCGGAUGGACCACGUGGACCGCUGCUUCGACGUGCUGGCCGUGGAGUACUACGUGCCCGAGGCCGACCAGUGGACCACGGUGAGCCCCAUGCGGGCCGGCCAGUCAGAGGCUGGCUGCUGCCUCCUGGAGAGGAAGAUCUACAUCGUGGGGGGCUACAACUGGCACCUGAACAACGUGACGAGCAUCGUGCAGGUGUACAACACGGAGACGGACGAGUGGGAGAGGGACAUGCACUUUCCCGAGUCCUUUGCGGGCAUCGCCUGCGCGCCCGUUCUCCUGCCGCAGAUCACUGCGCAGAGAUAGCCCUGGGAGGCCCCCGGGCCGGGGCCCGGGCGCGCCUCGCCAUCUGCACGUGGCUUCGGGCGACGGCUCUGUGGGUCUUGCCUCGCUUUGCCAGUAACUCUCUGUGCCAAAGGCCAGGGGAGAGCGAGGGCCGGGGUCAGGAGUGUGGAUGUCCGUCCCCGGGGUCCCUCCUCUUCCUCUCGUCUUAAGAGUCUGGCAGCCGGGGGAGCCGAGAGCCCUUGCCAGGGCACUGCGCCGACCGUGUCAUGGCUGAAAAUCGCAUUGCGGGCUGCUCCCCCCCCCCCCCCCCCCCACUCACCAUUUCUCCACUCUGUUUGUCACAAAUGAGAGAGCCCCCAUCCGACUUUUGUUUUAGGCCAUUAGUUUCUAUUUUGCUUCUUUGUGUCCUUUUUUUUCGGCCCCGUUGUUUCCGAAUGAUCCCAGACAUGAUUUCAUUAGUGUUGAGUGGCUCCCCAAAGUUGUCUCUCCCCCGCUCUCCAUUCCAAGUUGCUUUGUGCGUGUGUUUCUAAAAUAAAUUUAACCAAAACUUUUAUAACAUACGGACCUCCAGGAGCAGAAAGAGACUGAAAUAGUUGAGGUUUAUGGAUGAUGAAAGCGCAUUCUUGCCUCUCAAUAAGUGAUUUUCCCCCGAUGCCUGAGAUGCAUGGAGAUGUCUCUCUGCAGAGUGCGGUCAUGAGCCCGUCCCCCGGGGCAGUCGCUUCCCUCCCGGAGGAAGUCAUUCCUGCACCUGGUUCCCUGCCUGGCUUCAGAGCCGCCUUCCUCACUCACUUUUCUCAGUGCAGACGAACAACCAAAGACAGCUCUGGAGAUGGCCGAAGUCCUCAAAGGUCAUCGGUUCGAAUCUGUUUUUAAACUUGCCCAGUAAGUUCUGGACGGGGUCUUAUUGGGGAGCAACGGAGAAGCUUGUCUCCCAAGCCCCGGAGACCCUCUCAUUCUCCUGUGUCCCAUUUACUUUCAGUUACCUUCCCACCUCCCCUUCCGGUCAAAACCUUAUUGAUUUCUCUUUUGUUCAUCAUCCUCAUCAUCUUCAUUUAUUUCCCCAUUUUGAUAGCUCUCCAAGGUUUGCAAAGCAACGUUUUUACCGACCACUGAGUGAGCACAAGUAUUUUUAACCCCAUUUUAUAGAUGGGGAAAUGAGAUUCGGAAACAAGGAAAUCGCCUGUGCAUUCAGGUGGUUAGUGAGCUGCCUACUCAGAACUUGAACUCGGGACCCUGGAUCCCAAGAGCUUUUUCUUCUCUCUUGUGGUGCAGUAGACAGGAAUCCCUCGAAUGUCUCCGACUUCCCUUCCCACAAGGAUUCCGGCCCAUUUAUUAGCCAUCUCUGUUCUGUUGGCUAAGGCUCUUAAGGCCGGACCUAUAUCACUUAAAUAAAAAUUUGUAUCCUCUUGAGGUAAUUUUGGAUGUCUCCUUUGAUACUAAUACUUGAGGGAUAAAAUCUCUUUGUAGGCAGGUACCUCCUGUCUUAAAAGAGUCGUUUUUUCUCCCUGUGUCUAUUUUUUUUUACGGUUUGUGCGGCCCCACCGUUGACCUCCGAAAGGUCUGCUAAUGCUUGGCCCUAGCUAUUUUUCUCUCCCCUCUCAGCAUGUUGGGGAUCCUGUGCCAUGGAAAGAGAGGUGGCCGGGAGCCCCUGCCCGGCUAGGGGGCACUAGCAAUGCAGCUGCAGCCACCCUGAGUGAUCUCUGCCAACUUUUGGAAAAUGCAGUCAAAUAAAAUUCUUAUCCAAGGGUGAAAUCUCUGGCGGCAAUAUUAUUUUCAGACUCUUGUUUUUGGAGGUUCAUCUAAUGUCGGUUAUGUUCUGUUGUUAAAAUUCCUCUCCUCAUUUUCAUGCUGAUCCUUUCUCUUCCCUCCCCUUCCCCCCUUUUCUUCCUUGCCACUCGACCCAGAGAGAGGUGCCCCCCAUGGCGCCAUAUGCCCAUCACUGGAUGUCUAGGGGGGCAUGAUUCCCUCCCUCCCCUUCCCAGAACUGGCUCGGUUCUGGCUCCAGAGGCCUGGUGGGGUGGGGGGUGUGAGUUCAGAUUGGGGUGGCUGAAGCAGCGGGGGAGGAGAUGGGGACUGGCCUGGUCCCAGGAGGUUGAGGUUGGAGAAACUGGGCAGGCCCCAAACCAAGCAUGAAGUCAUUUGUCCUUCCAUAUGGACCGAAGGGAUAUUCUGUGCAAGAGAGAAGCAAGCCCCCCCUCUUUUAUGAUCUGCCUCCUUCCUCGCUGAUCUGCAGAGAACACGCAACUUAUUGGUUACAUGUUUUUUGAGAAUGUUUGACAUUCAUGGACAUUCUUCCAAGACCAAUGCUUCUGGGAUCCUGCUCUGAAGCAUACAUCCGCACACAAGACCCUGUGCCAGCAGGCUGGGCCCUCCCAGGCAGUGGGCCUAGUGCCCCCGGGGGGCUGAAACGGGGGAGAGGUGCCAGACGGGGACCCUGGCCUCCAGGUCCUGAUGUCAGGCUCAUGAGGGGGUACUUGCUGGGGAGCCCUUGGGAGAGCCCCCCCAGAGCCAUCCUUCAGGCUGUGAGGGGUAAAGGGCGCCGGUCGCUUCGGCAGGGCUGGGGCCUCCUUGCCAGGUCUGAGUCCCCCAGCUCAGCUCGCACCUCUGAACAUCUUGUUCCCGAACAGCUGGCAGAGGUGUGGGGGUGGGGCCUUCCUAUCUAGGGGCAGAUCCAUUACCCAGGGAUUGUGCAGAACAAUCUCGCCUGGUUGGUGGAAUGCCUUUCCCCCCUGGAAGAGAAGGGAAAAUUAUUUUUUGUACUGUAAACUUUAAAAGCUAAAAAGCUGUUUUCAAUUUACCAGAAACUGCCUUGGAACUUAACUUUGCAAACGUUUGUGUCCUUCAAAAAAAAAUCUACCCCAAACCACCAGCAAUUGUUUUUUUAAAGCUUUUCUCUUCAUGUUAGUGCAGAGGGAGGAUUUAGGGGCUUCCAGCCUCCUUCCUAUCCCUGAUGGACAUCACGAGGCUGUGGAACGGAUGGCCGUCCUGAGUGGGGACAGAGGCUGCAAGAACGCUCCCAUUCCAGAUGUCCUGUUUCUGUGCAGCUCUGGGCUCAGCGAGAGCAGAAGCUUCCCUCUGCACCUGGGCUCUAGCUGUGGGAAAAUGCAGGGUGUCCCUGGGCCAGCUUGAUGCAGAGAGGGCUCCCCGCCCUCUCCCAUCCGCCCGUCACCCCCCAGCUGGCGCCGAGUCCAGCCCUGGCUCUGGUACGGCUGGGCUGGGGAAGAAAGCUGCCAUGCGAGGCCGAGGAGGCCGAGGGGGGAGGGCUCCGACGGCCUCUCUGGCCUGCACUGGGCACACGCCAAGCAGUGGGGCACCUGGGUGCAGCUCUUUGGCUCCAUGCUGCCCAGAAAUCCUCCUGAUGCCGUUCAGAUCAGUGCCAGUGCUAAGGGACCCAAGACAAAAAUGAGCAGUCCCCUGCCCUCAAGAAGCUUGCAUUCCACAGAGACCCUCACUUUCCUAUUACCCACAAUUCUUUAUUAUUAUUAUUAUUAUAUCUUUUUAUUUACAAAACAU